AGGAACGAGGCAGCAAGAGCACGUCUCAGAAGGAGAUAUAUUCUAGAUGAAAGAAGGAGAGGUUUCCGUACAAACAAGAGCGUCGAAGGUUCUUCACAAGAUGUAGAUACCAAAGGCAAAAAAAGUGUAGGGACAUCAAACGAAAGUGGGCUGCCAAACUAUGCAGAGUACUGUUAUACUCCUGCCCUUCACACAAGUGUCGAUGCAAAUACCAUGGACACUUCAGCAGGCCAUUACCUUCCACUCUCUAACAUCACAAAAAUCAUAUUAAACGGAAGUGGGAGCAACCAAACAGCCAAAGGGGAUGCGACUAAAGAAUCACAUUCCAAAAGAAGAUCUUCUUUACAAGAAAAACAUGGAUACCAAUUUCAAAGUGGAGCAUGCACUAUUCGAGAUCAGCAUUCUCAUACAAAUGUCGCUGCUAACAAACAAGCGGGAACCUCAACAAAUGCAAUCU